AGGAGUUUCAGUUUAUUGAGAAAAGCCAAGAAAAAAAGACAAAGCCAAGAAAAAAGAAUUCCAGGGCUAGAUCAAUCAGAGAAACUUUGCCUCUUCUCGAUUCCUUUGGUGACAUAUAGUCAGUGAUACAAUGGUAAAUGUUUAAUGACGGGAUAUCUGGGAGAAACACCUGGACUUCCAAGGUCUUCCAAUUUAUAUGGUAUAAGUAGUCCCUUUAUGGCUGAUUUCAAGGUGCCAAUAUUGUGUCCGGAAUUGGUGGGUUCUUGGUCUCACUGACUUCAAGAAUGAAGCUGCGGACCCUCGCGGUGAGUGUUACAGCUCUUAAUGUGGCGCGUCUGGGGUCUGUCCCUUCUGAUGUUCAGAUGUGUUUGGAGUUUCUUCCUUCUGGUGGGUUCGUGGUCUCGCUGGGCUCAGGAGUGAAGCUGCAGAUCUUUGCGGUGAGUGUUACAGCUCAUAAAAGCCGCGUGGACCCAAAGAGUCAGCAGUAGCAAGAUUUAUUGCAAAGAGCCAAAGAACAAAGCUUCCACCGCGUGGAAGGGGACCCCAGCAGGUUGCCACUGCUGGCUGGGGCAGCCUGCUUUUAUUCUCUUAUCUGGCCCCACCCACAUCCUGCUGAUUGGUAGAGCCCAGCAGCCUGUUUUGACAGGGCCGUGAUUGGUGCGUUUACAAUCCCUGAGCUAGAUACAAAAGUUCUCCACGUCCCCAUCAGAUUAGUUAGAUACAGAGUUUCCACACACAGGUUCUCCAAGGCCUCACCAGAGCAGCUAGAUACAGAGUGUCUAUUGGUGCACUCACAAACCUUGAGCUAAACACAGGGUGCUGAUUGGUGUGUUUACAAACCUUGAGCUAGAUACAGGGUGCCGAUUGGUGUUUUUACAAUCCCUGAGCUAGACAUAAAGGUUCUCCAAGGCCCCACCAGAGCAGCUAGAUACAGUGUCGAUUGGUGCACUCACAAACCUUGAGCUAAACACAGGGUGCUGAUUGGUGUGUUUACAAACCUUGAGCCAGAUACAGAGUGCCGAUUGGUGUAUUUACAAUCCCUGAGCUAGACAUAAAGACUCUCUAUGUCCCCACCAGACUCAGGAGCCCAGCUGGCUUCACCUAGUGGAUCCCGCACAGGGGCUGCAAGUGGAGCUGCCUGCCAGUCCGCGCCGUGCGCUGGCACUCCUCAGCCCUUGGGUGGUCGAUGGGACUGGGAGCCGUGGAGCAGGGGGUGGUGCUGGUCGGGGAUGCUCGGGCGGCACAGGAGCCCAUGGAGUGGGUGGGAGGCUCAGGCAUGGCGGGCUGCAGGUCCCGAGCCCUGCACCGCGGGAAGGCAGCUAAGGCCCGGCGAGAAAUCGAGCACAGCGCCGGUGGGCCGGCACUGCUAGGGGACCCAGUACACCCUCUGUAGCCGCUGGCCCGGGUGCCAAGUCCCCCACUGCCCGGGGCUGGCAGGGCCGGCCAGCUGCUCCGAGUGCAGGCCCGCCAAGCCCAUGCCCACCCGGAACUCCAGCUGGCCCGCUGUCACCUCUCAAUAUGACACCACUAAACAUGGAGUUGAUAACAGGUGUGCAGUAGCUCAACAUUAUAUAGUAUUUCUACCAUACAGAUACAGUAGUAGACAGAGCUUGAUGAAUAUAGAACAAAUUUGCCUCAGACAAUAGCUUUUUGUUUUUAGAUAGUUUCUUUAAGGGUGAAAACAUUUAACAAGGCUCUCUUGAAACCCUGCUGCCUGGGGGAAGUCAUUUGAUUUUUGCUAAUGUGUAUGCAUUGUUUAUGUACAGACUUUAUGGUUUUAUUCUCAAAGGCAUCUCCUCCUACCCCGAGCCUCACACUACUGGGGUUUCGUUUGUUUUUAAUCUUGGUUGGAGGGGGCACUCUCUCCAGAAAGUAAAAGACAACGGAUCUGGCUCCAGUCCAGGACGGAAAGCAUAACGCUUGAUUUCUGGAUGGGGUUUGCACAAGGACAGCACGUGAGUUCUGCUCUCCGUGGGACUCAGACCGGAUAGGCCGUGAAUAUCUCUAAGGUGUCAGUCCACGCAACCUAACCUGGCAAAGGGAAUGCUUUGCAAACUCUCCAGACUCAGGCCCCAGAACAGAACUCGGCCUACCAGAUCCAGGGAGGCAAAGCACGCAGGCGCAGACAGAGUAGCGGUGAGCAGAAGGCAGGCGGGACGGGCGCGCGCACUCGGCGGCCAGGCGCGGCGGGAGCGCGCCCUAGGGGGCGGACACUGAAGCUGCGGCUUGCGGUUCAGCGGGUGCUAGGGCGCCGGGCGCUCGGGCCUCGGCCAUGGCUCACAGGCCGAAAAGGACUUUUCGGCAGCGCGCGGCCGAUUCCAGCGACAGCGAUGGCGCCGAGGAGUCGCCUGCUGAGCCUGGGGCGCCGAGGGAACUUCCGGUCCCGAGUUCUGCGGAGGAAGGGCCGCCCUCUGGAGGAGGCCGCGCGCAGGUGGCUGGACGGCCCCACCGGGUUCGGGGCCCUCGUGGCCGGGGCCGGGUCUGGGCGAGCUCCCGGCGCGCCACGAAAGCGGCUCCCCGCGCGGACGAAGGCUCAGGUGUCCAGGGAGACGCGGGGAAGCGGGGAGGUGACGGCACAGAAUCCAGAACCCUUGAUGUGUCCACAGAUGAAGAGGAUGAAAUACAUCACUCCUCAGAAAGUAAGGAUGAUCAGGGUUUGUCUUCUGACAGCUCUAGCUCUCUUGGAGAAAAAGAACUUUCAUCAACAGUUAAGAUCCCAGAUGCAGCUUUUAUUCAGGCAGCCCGCAGAAAACGUGAAUUGGCCAGGGCCCAAGAUGACUAUAUUUCUUUGGAUGUACAACAUACCUCCUCCAUCUCUGGUAUGAAGAGAGAGAGUGAAGACGACCCUGAGAGUGAGCCUGAUGACCAUGAAAAGAGAAUACCAUUUACUCUAAGACCUCAAACACUUAGACAAAGGAUGACUGAGGAAUCAAUAAGCAGAAAUGAAGAAACAAGUGAAGAAAGUCAGGAAGAUGAAAAGCAAGAUACUUGGGAACAACAGCAAAUGAGGAAAGCAGUUAAAAUCAUAGAGGAAAGAGACAUAGAUCUUUCCUGUGGCAGUGGAUCUUCAAAAGUGAAGAAAUUUGAUACUUCCAUUUCAUUUCCACCAGUAAAUUUAGAAAUUAUAAAGAAGCAAUUAAAUACUAGAUUAACAUUACUACAGGAAACUCACCGCUCACACCUAAGGGAGUAUGAAAAAUAUGUACAAGAUGUCAAAAGCUCAAAAAGUACCAUCCAGAACCUAGAGAGUUCAUCAAAUCAAGCUCUAAAUUGUAAAUUCUAUAAAAGCAUGAAAAUUUAUGUGGAAAAUUUAAUUGACUGCCUUAAUGAAAAGAUUAUCAACAUCCAAGAAAUAGAAUCAUCCAUACAUGCACUCCUUUUAAGACAAGCUAUGACCUUUAUGAAACGCAGGCAAGAUGAAUUAAAACAUGAAUCAACGUAUUUACAACAGUUAUCACGCAAAGAUGAGACAUCCACAAGUGGAAUUUUCGCAGUAGAUGAAAAAACUCAGUGGAUUUUAGAAGAGAUUGAAUCUCGAAGGACAAAAAGAAGACAAGCAAGGGUGCUUUCUGGGAAUUGUAACCAUCAGGAAGGAACAUCUAGUGAUGAUGAACUGCCUUCAGCAGAGAUGACUGACUUCCAAAAAAGCCAAGGUGACAUUUUACAGAAACAGAAGAAAGUUUUUGAAGAUGUGCAAGAUGAUUUUUGUAACAUCCAGAAUAUUUUGUUGAAAUUUCAGCAAUGGCGAGAAAAGUUUCCUGACUCCUAUUAUGAAGCUUUCAUUAGUUUAUGCAUACCAAAGCUUUUAAAUCCCCUAAUACGAGUUCAGUUGAUUGAUUGGAAUCCUCUUAAGUUGGAAUCCACAGGUUUAAAAGAGAUGCCAUGGUUCAAAUCUGUAGAAGAAUUUAUGGAUAGCAGUGUAGAAGAUUCAGAGAAGGAAAGUAGUUCAGAUAAAAAAGUCUUGUCUGCGAUCAUCAACAAAACAAUUAUUCCCCGACUUACAGACUUUGUAGAAUUCCUUUGGGAUCCUUUGUCAACCUCACAGACAACAAGUUUAAUAACACAUUGCAGAGUGAUUCUUGAAGAACAUUCCACUUGUGAAAAUGAAGUUAGUAAAAGCAAACAGGAUUUACUUAAAUCCAUUGUUUCAAGAAUGAAAAAGGCAGUAGAAGAUGAUGUUUUUAUUCCUCUGUAUCCAAAGAGUGCUGUAGAAAACAAAACAUCACCUCAUUCAAAGUUCCAAGAAAGACAGUUCUGGUCAGGCCUAAAGCUCUUCCGCAAUAUUCUUCUUUGGAAUGGACUCCUUACAGAUGACACCUUGCAAGAACUAGGACUAGGGAAGCUGCUAAAUCGUUACCUUAUUAUAGCACUUCUCAAUGCCACACCUGGGCCAGAUGUGGUUAAAAAGUGCAACCAGGUAGCAGCAUGUCUACCAGAAAAAUGGUUUGAAAAUUCUGCCAUGAGGACAUCUAUUCCACAGCUAGAAAACUUCAUUCAGUUUUUAUUGCAGUCUGCACAUAAAUUAUCUAGAAGUGAAUUCAGGGAUGAAGUUGAAGAAAUAAUUCUUAUUUUGGUGAAAAUAAAAGCUUUGAAUCAAGCAGAAUCCUUCAUAGGAGAGCAUCACCUAGACCAUCUUAAAUCACUAAUUAAAGAAGAUUGAAUAAACUUUAUUGGAAAAUGCUAAAAUUUUAAUAUAGUUACACUCAGUUCCUUUGUUUGAGAAGAAGCUGGUGCCUCUCUCUUCUUUAUUCCCUGUAAUAGAAGGUAGGAUUUGAAAAAAAGCAAGACUCCACCUCUGUAUUCCCCCCGUGCUUUACCUUCUGGCAUCAUGAAAAGCUGCCAUGAUUCUGUGGUGUUCUAAGGAAUUAAAUGCACUGGAGCUUUAAGAGCUCAACGUGUUUCCCUUUGA